UACUUUUUUGUUCUUACCAUACUUUUGACGUCAUCUAUGAUCUAUUUCUGAACACACGCACAGCAUUUUAGAAUAUAUUUUUAAAUUUCCGCAUCCUUGCUUCAAUUGUUCGAUCGCGUAACGUUUAUAAUUAUUCUUACAUAGAGGAUUGGAUAAGAAACAAUUUGGAAUUUAGCACGAAAAAUGAAAAUACGGAUUUGAAUCUUUAGUCACUCUGAAGGAAAUUUCUUGAAAACAUCUUUUACUCAAAUAUUAUGAAGCUUAAUCUUUUAGAUCGCCAGUCGUUUAGAAUUGAAUUUCCCCUUCCCUGAAUUGUUAAAAUGUGUGGGAUAUAGAAAUUUUUACGAGGUUUGCGCUACUGAAAUACCAGACAUAAAUAGAAGCACGAUAUGAUUGGCUCCUAAUAUACUGAGCUGUCAAUUACCGUCAGUGUUGUCGUGCGGCCCUGUGUAGCCAAGAUGGCGGAUGCGGACUUGCGUGAACGCAGAUACACAACCUCUUGUUCGGUUGAACAAACGACCUAUGGGUAUUUUUAAGCCGUUAUCUAGCCAUGAGUUUACUGAAGAAACUUGCGUCUUUGUCGCCACUUCAAUCGCCGAGUUCAGACGCGGAAAAAAAGCAACUAGAAGACGGGUUUGCAGAGCUCGGCGCACAGGAUUUUCUGAAGCUUGUUGAUGUACAUUGGAAUAAUGCAAAGUCAAUCAUAGCGCUAGACGAGAAAACUAUUGGCCAUCAAGAGCGGUGUAAUAUUUUAGUCCACCAUUUAAACGAAAUUAUCAAUGUUUUAGUCGAUGAAAAGGAUGGUGACCCAGGUCCUUGUUUACAAUACGUUUUGGAUGAAAAUGUAUUUCAAACCGUGUACAACUGGAGUGCGUCGAGCAGAAAUUGUGUCAAGGAUAUGAAGCGAGAACAGCUAAGACUGUUUAGGAAUCUCAUCGAGAAAGGUAGAGCACCACUGUUGAUUUACGAACAGGUUUGGAAACCUCUCCUGUAUCUAUUGCAUUCUUGCGUAAACAACAUUUGUUCGGACGAGGAAGAACAUUUCGUGGCAGUGCUGAAGGGCCUGUGCGUGAGUGUGAACCGGGAUAUUGCACUGUUGGAUCUUUUUUUCUUGGAUAAUCACCAUCACGCACAGAUAGCCAAGCUCUCUGUGUUUUCUCUGCUAAUUCCUUACGUACAUCGGGAUGGAAAUGUUGGCGUUUGGGCCCGUGAUGCUAUGCUGUUGUGCAUGGCUUUAUCAUCAGUUGAUUCUAGGCUGGGCAGGUACAUUGCCGAAGAUACAGACUUUUGUCCGGUGUUAGCAACAGGACUCAGUGCCUUGUAUUCUGAUCUGCCAACUUCACUUGAUAUACCUUCAGAGGACUGGUAUUCUUUGGAGAGAGGCCUGUGGGCAACUUUUCCUGAACUGGUUUCAUUUCUGACAUCACUUGAAUUUUGUAACAAUGUCAUUCAGAUUGCUCAUCCUCAAGUCCAGUCCAAGCUGUUGGAUCUCAUUUAUCAUGGAUUUCUUGUGUCAGUAAUGGCAUCAUCACUUGGCCAGUCAUCCACUGAAGCAUUGAUAGCUGCCACAUCCUAUCUGGACUUGUUUCUACGCAGCAUCACAGAUGCCAACUUAAUGAAAGUAUUUUUAGAAUUCAUUUUGGUGGAAAGAUGUGAUGGAAUGCCAAUUCUUGACUUACUUGUCUCAAGGAUUGCACAUGAAUCUCAGCUUGCUGUUGUAUCACUGGGUUUGUUUUACACUCUGUUGGACCUGAACUGUGAAGACAUCAUCUACAGUUUGGUGCUAAAAUAUCUGAUUCCCUGCACGCACAUUCUGAGCAGCCAAAGAAGAACCAUCAAGGAAGUGGAUCUGUACAGCAAGAGCGCAUUUAAAUUCCUGUCAUUGAUACCUUCCUGUUGUAAUAACUCCAGCAGCAACUCUUCACUGUCUUCUUCCACCGAGAAUGUCAACGGAAGUGUACCCAGCACGCCCAUGAAGAUCGACCUCAAAGCGUCCAGCGAGUUGGUGUUCUACCGGUCCUCUUUUCUUGGAGAUCUUUACUCGGACGUUUGUGCAGAUUACAUGGAGUACCUUGCAGACGCGCGAAAUUUAUUGAGAAUUUGUCAAAUGAAGUGUGCCUGCUGGUCCGCCCCAUAUGACGGACAAAAUCCUUCCAUACAGGACCCUUCCUCGAAAGAACGAGAGCGAUCCUCAUCUAUUGUGUCCGCGCCUGUUGUCAAUGGCAACAUUCCGAACCAGGUUUUCCUUUCACCUCAGGAUGCGCAUGCGCCCGUGAAGCGCUCUAUAUCAGCGACUGAGUUUGAACAGAAGCAAAUGAAACCGGACUUAGGACCGUUUUUAACAACGCUGUUUCAGAAAGUGGAGCGAAUGCCGCAGAACACGUUUUAUGUGAACUUGAUUUUGACUGGUGUGGUUACCAGACUGGCCUUAUAUCCUCAACCGCUACUUCGAUCGUUUCUUCUAAAUUACAACAUGCUUCUAAAACCAGGAGUGCGCUCAUUAUUUCAGAUCCUUAGUUCAGUGAAAAUUAAAGUGGAGAACAUCGCUGAUCAAGUUGACGAACUUGACAAACUCCUGCGCCGUGCAAGAAAGAACCUAAUUCUUCGCGAGGAAAAGAGCCGAGUUAGUAUUCAGAGCGUCGUUGCGGAUAUACAACAACCAGUGAAAUUAUCAAAAAACCCUGAAACUAGAAGCCCUACAUCGACUCGAAAGCUGUUAAAGCAGAAAACAGACUCUUCAUUGUUGAGCAACGUUCGUUUGCUUAAAGACGGCCCCGCGCCGAAAUAUUUUGGUAAGGGAAGCUCCAAUCUUCGAAAACAAUCAGUGGAUGUUUCCUUGAGCCCAAAAUUGGCGAUAGCCAACCAGGAAAGGCGGGGAAGUCUAGAAAGUGCAAGCACCAGCUCAAGUCUGUCCCUAAGCGAGUCGUGGGAGAGCUUACACUCAUUAAGCCCCAAAUUCGGGAGCACCGCUGAUUUAAGCGCCGAGAACUAUCCCAAACCGGGUACCAUUAGAAAACUUUCUAACCCCCAAAACUCACCGAAAAAUUCCUUUUCAAAGAACACAUAUAAGAGGAAAAAUCCAAAGACUGUGAAAAACGCUGUCUACUGUAUUGUAGUCUUGGAGGAGUGGCUGAAAGAACUAGCGGCGAUUUCACAAGAACAUGCUUUGGUGCUUGGUGUAGGUGAGGAGUGGAAUAAUGUUACACUGUGACCUUGUAGGGGGUGAAAAUUACCUAAGGGGUAUUACGUCACAUGGGAUAAGUAACCGUGUGACCAAUCGCUUCCUAGAAAGUGAAUCAAUGCUUUGAUAUCAAUGACUUAUGCGAGAUAUUUUUUUGUUGCUUGUGGGGGAAGUAAAACAUUGUCUAUAAUUGUACUGUGUGUGAUCCGGUAUAAAACUGAAAAAGUGGAUGAAGGGUGAGCAUGAAACGCAGACUUCAAAUCGAAUUUCCUCGUUAACUCACUUUGUUACGCGCGAUCACUAUGGUAAUGGUGUUUUGUUCUCUUCUUUGAUUCGUUACUCUGGAAGAUAAUGUUUUGAAUUUUCAGAAAAAAAAAAUAAGAAAGAAGUGUACAUUUUUUCGAUAAUAGCUCAAAAUGUUAAAACUAUUUUUAAACUGUAGAAAGUUUUCUCCCUAUAAUUGGUGCAUCCAGAGAGAAAGUAGAGGAAAAAUAUAUUUUUUUUUUACGGUUAUUGGUCAAUGUCAACACACUGUUGUACUUUUAAGUUCUUUCAAUUCUCUUUUCGGACCAUCGGAUCUUCUGAAUAUAAUCUGUACUUACCAUUACAUGUUUACCGUUCCAAAGUGAAUUUUAGUCUGAAAAAUCAUCUUACUUUGAAAGAUGUGUCUUUUAAGGUUAAAUUUCACUCCAUACUUAAUUUGCGGAUUUCAUAUUUAUGAACAGCUCGUCUGUGUUAUCAAGGUAGAAAAUUAUAUAUUAACAGGACGAGGCUUCUUAAGUAAUAAACUCUUGUUAUACUGAAUUCCGGAGGAAGGGUACCCCUCUCUGGAAGUAAGACAAAAUUUCACAAAGUUAGAUUAGCUACAAUUUGAUUGUGAUUUGGAUCAAAAGGGGAAUCUUGGUAGAAUCGCUAGAAAAAAGUAAUUUGACUGGAAUAAGUGUAAUAUAAAAGGUAUUUUUAGGUUGCCUGGGUCCUGUCUGUGGGCGCAGAGCACGAGAACGAGGCCAAGUGUAUGGGAUGCGACAUAGGAUUUGUAAUUUUUAAAUAACACGUGACAUCAAAGGAAAGAAUUUUCAAUAUAAAUGAAAGUGAGUUUUGUGAAACUGUACAAAUGUCAUGGAGUCACUAACGGCGAUAUCAGGUGUAAAUGCAACGCACACUUCCUCUAUGGAAGUCAGCUGACAUUUUGCACGUCAAGGCUCCCCAAGCCCGACCAUCUUGAGCGCAACAAGCCCGUUUCCAAACCCCACGCCAUAAUUUUCGCCUGGGAAUGUAAAAAAAAUGGAGGUUUUAAUUGAACCAUACUUCUGGAAUUCAUAAUUUUAUUUUCGAUAAUGUAGUAUACCUUUUCGUGCAAUAAGGACAACAAUGAAUUAAAGGAGAAUCUCUCUGUUCCAGAGGAGAUUACUACUUAAUUAUGCCCAGUAACGAUUAUAGUAUAUUUUGUUUUUUUUACAAACAUUCCGUUUUAUUAAUUUAUUCUCCACGAAAUGUACCUAAACCUAGCACUGAACUGCUAUCAAAGAGAAAAAUUGGUAACUUGAGUAUCAAUCGGUGAAGAAAAUUACGCCUUCUAUAUCAGGCAAAUUUGCAAAAAUCUCACAAAUCUAUACCAAAAAGUUUUAUAACUUUAACUUGGAAUUGUUCAAUUAUAAGACUACUGUGCUAUUGUAA